CUCAAUUAGAUUAUCGCUCAGUAAAUAUUUGGCCAAAAUAUUGAUCAAGGCUUUUCGACUAUUGUUUGAUUUAUUUUCGUAUAAAAAGUGGGUCGAAUGAGGUAGGAACAUCAUUCGAAGAACCAGUUCUUUAGAUCUCACACAACAUGAAGGUCAUCGUUGCUAUCAUUUUCGCCAUCGGCUCCGUGUCAGCUUUGGGCUCUGGACCCUACCUACCCAGUGGAUGGAGGCCUUCUGGUCCCAGCUUCUACCUGCCUUCUGAAGUUGCGAAACCAGCAGACAGUCCCGUAAAAGAAAACCUUCUCCAAGAGACGGAAGCCUCCGGUUCAGAUGCUCUCAGGGAGUAUGGACCCCCAAAAGUGGAAGCUGUUGUCCAGUACAGCGUGAACCAAGGUCUUCCUGAUGAGUCCACCCAACAGACCUUCUUUGUACAAUCUCUGGCUACCCAGGAACUGCAGGCUGGUGCUGGUGAAACUGUAGCCGUAGAAGCUAACACAGAAUCCGCUGCUAUCGUGGAAGAAGUAGCAUCAACUGCUGAAGCUGUAGCCGAGAAAAUUGAACAAGCUGAGAUCAUUUCCGAAGUCCAGCCUACUCUGGAAGCCGUAGCUGAAGUCGUUGAGCAAACUGAAACUGCGCAGGCUGUGGAAGCUACAGAAGCAGCUCUUGCAGAAAUUGUGGAGCCUACUGCCGCUAUCCAAGAAGAGGUUGUAGCUGAAGAGGUUGUGCCUACCGUAGUCGUUGAAGAGGCUGUUUCUCCUGCUGUUGUUGAAGAAUUGGUCGUUGAGAAAGUUGCUGAAGGUGUGAACAACAUUGCUGAAGCUAUUGUCAAGCUGGAGAGUGAGGUUAAGGCUGCUGAGGCUGUUGAAUCUGCUGUAGAAAUCAAACAGGAGGUUUCAGGAUCCUUGCAACAGGCCCCUGAAGGUUUCCUCGAAUACGGACCCCCUGGCUUCAGGGAAUAUGGACCCCCCAAAUCUGCUGCAGUUGAGGUUGCCCCCGAGAACAACGAAGUCAGGAGGAGGCGUUUCUCUCCCAAAUUCAAGUCUCACAAGAAGCACUAAGGAUGAAAAACUGACAAAUGAGUAGACCAAUGGCGGCGCGCAACAAAGGAUUUUGAGGAACACUUCUUAUUUAAAAAAGCAAAUUAAAAAAACACUUUCGCUACUAAAGUUUUGACAGCUGCCCGCCAUCUUAGAUUUGAAAUUGGCGGGAAAAUGUUUGAGGUUAUAAACCUUUUUCAUAUUAAUGUAAGCUUUAAUAGCAAAAGGUAUUAAAAUAAUAUGUUUAUGUAUGUAAAUAAUUGCAUGAUAUAAAAAUAAUUGUAUGUGAUAAUUAAUGAAAUAAAUGAAUUUUAAUUG